AUGUGUCCUUCUAAGAGUCUGUAAUUGCAAAAAUAUUAUUAUAAUUAUAAUUAAAAAAUACUCACAAAAACACACAUGAUUUCACAAACUCAGACAAUGAGUCAAACAAGUUAAACGAUAUUGCAUCUCAAUAGCAGUCAAUCACAUGAGGUAGAGUAGCAAACAUAAAAGAAAGAAAAAAAGAAAAGAUCUGUUUAAUGGACAGAGGAUACUGUCGAUAAUGAAAAUCUAGGAAAGCUCAAAUCUAAUAGUAAACUUAUCAUUUAACUUCAAAUUAGUUUGUUGCAUUUAUCAUAAACCACAUGCAGAAGAAUCAGAAAGUUCAGAUACUUGUACAAGUGAUGAUGAGAUCAAUGCCAUUGAAAGAGAUAAGCAAUCAAAAUUAAGACAUAAAAUGAAAUGCUCCAAAUAAAAUAAGAAGUGCUGCUGAU